GUUUAAAAUUCUAACAGACUGGAUUAAAGACAGUACAUUUGUUGACAAUCUAACUCCAUUUUAAGUUUGUAGGAGUGUCAGUCUGCGUCAGAUGGUUACGCAGACAAGAAAGUAGAGGCAGCAGGAUCUCAUAUAGAAGAGUGCACACAGAGGCACUCUGAAAAGAAAGCCAAAUUCUGCAGUGCAGUGGAUUUCCUCAGGUGUGUGUGUAUGUGUGUGAGUGUGUAUAUGUGUGUGGCUUCCAAGUAGACUGAUUACCAUCAGGAGAAAAUAUCUACACUCUGGGAUUUCAUCUAAAGGUCCGGCAAAAGUCGGACACCCUUCAGUAUCCAGACUGCCUGGUGUCCCGCAACAGUCUUGCAUUUUGUCUUUUCAAAUCACAGGCACUGUGUAUUGGGUAAUCUGCCUUUCUGAAUAUUUGGAUUGUAAAAGCACGCAAGCCUCAGACUGGGUCCCUGUGACUGACAGGUGAAUUACUGUGGAUUUUUAAGGAACUGUGUGGAUAUCCAAAUCAGAAAAGACCAGCUGACUGUUCAGUUCACCGCAAUUGAGGAAGUUUUGGAUAAAGAACUUUGGACCUUUUCUUUAAGGGGUUAUGGGUCCAAUUGCACCUCAGGGAUAGGAUUUUUAACAGAUUUAUUUCAAUUGGUUCAUCUCAGUGAGCAUGGCAGAGCAAAUCUCAGGUGGCAGCCCAUGAUUCCCAGGUUUACAGCGAGAACCAGUUUCACCUCAGGUAUUCUGAAUUAACUGAGUUUUCAUUUAGUACCAUUUAAUUUCACUUUUAAUACAGAAAAUCUCAGGUGACAUCAAUAGGUUUAGCUUUGUACCUUCCUGUGAACUCUUGUUGCUAUGGCAUCUCACAGCUUCCAGUACCGGGCGCUUUUUGAAUAUGAGCGUGAGCAUGGGGAUGAUAUCAGUCUCCAGCCAGGCGACCUGCUCACUGUUCUGAAGGCCACACUGAUGGCAGCAGUGGGGCUGGAAUACCAGGAGGGGGAUGAGCGGAGUCCCAAAGGUUGGUUGCAUGGGAUUAAUGAGAGGACCAAGGAGAAGGGAAACUUUCCAGGGACAUUUGUAGAGUAUGUUGGGGCGGUCACAGUUGGCCCUGCUGUGGAUAAAUCCUGGUCCCAACCUGUACCCCCAACUCCAGGGGGGCAACAGACAAUGGUGGGACCUCAGCCUCCUGGAGGAGCUGCUGCUUUUGGUGUGGAGGCAGAACUUCUUUCUGAAGCAGCACCUGUGAUUGUUUGGAGACUCAUCGAGGCCAUCGAGAAACAUGGUCUUAAUGAUUCUCUGUACCAAGCCCCACCAGCAUCCAGUGGACCUGUAGAGCUCCGCCAGUCUCUAGAAUUAGAUCCGCUCUCCGUGAAUUUGAACCGAUAUGAUGUGGUUGCUCUGACUGAUGCUCUAAAAGGUUUCCUGCAGGACCUGCCUGCUCCCAUCAUACCUGCCACCAUCUACAGUGAGCUGGUCUAUACUGCUCAAGAGAGUCAGAGUGUGGAGGAGUGUGGGGAUAGGCUGAAAAGGAUCCUUGAGUCUCCCAGCAUCCCUCAAGUCAACCACCAGCUCCUGGUCCACCUCACUGGACACCUGAAUCGAAUCAGCCAGCAGAGUCAAGCCUCCCCCCGGCUGCUAGGACAGGCCUUCACUGACAUUAUCUUCAAUCACCUUUCUCUUAGUGCAGAUGUAAAUCCAGAGCAUCACAUCAGGAUUGUGGAGGCUCUCAUCACAACUGCAGGUCGAAUGGAGAUGCAAGCAGCACCAGCCCUUCCUCCAAAGCCAAACAAGCCUCAGCAGCCCUCCUCGGUCGCAAUGGCAGGGGGCAGCAGCAAUGUCGCCAAGGAUGGAGGAGCGGGAGGCUCCUUACAAGAGGCCGAAUGGUACUGGGGUGACAUAUCCAGGGAGGAGGUGAAUGAUAAGCUCAGAGACAUGCCUGAUGGGACUUUCCUGGUUCGGGACGCGUCUACUAAGAUGCAAGGCGACUACACGCUAACGCUAAGGAAAGGGGGCAAUAACAAGCUGAUAAAGAUCUACCACAGAGAUGGGAAGUACGGCUUCUCUGACCCCCUGACUUUCAGCUCAGUGGUGGAGCUCAUCAGCCAUUACAGACAUGAGUCACUGGCUCAAUACAACACCAAGCUGGAUGUCAAGCUCAUGUACCCCAUCUCCCGCUUCCAGCAGGACCAGCUGGUGAAGGAGGACAACAUCGAUGCAGUGGGGAAGAAGUUGCAGGAAUACCACAAUCAGUACCAGGAGAAAAGCAAAGAAUAUGACAGACUAUAUGAAGAGUACACCAAGACAUCACAGGAGAUCCAGAUGAAGCGAACAGCUAUUGAAGCCUUCAAUGAAACCAUCAAGAUUUUCGAGGAGCAAUGCCACACGCAGGAGCGCUACAGCAAGGACUACAUUGAGCGUUUUAGGCGUGAGAGCAAUGAUAAAGAGAUUGAGCGCAUCAUGAUGAACUAUGAAAAGCUUAAAUCUCGCCUCGGAGAGAUCCACGACAGCAAGGUGCGGCUGGAGCAGGACCUAAAGACGCAAGCCAUGGACAACCGGGAGACGGACAAAAAGAUGAACAGCCUAAAGCCUGAUCUCAUACAGCUCCGCAAAAUCAGGGAUCAGUAUCUAGUCUGGCUCAAUCAUAAAGGAGUUCGCCAGAAACGAAUUAAUGAUUGGCUGGGAAUCAAGAAUGAGAACACAGACGAAGGUUACUUUGUGAGUGAGGAAGAUGAGAACUUGCCUCACUAUGAUGAGAAGAACUGGUUUGUGGGGGAUCUGAACAGGACACAGGCAGAGGAGCUGCUCCUGGGGAAGCCAGAUGGAGCUUUUCUUAUCCGAGAAAGCAGCAAAAAAGGGUGCUAUGCCUGCUCUGUAGUUGUGGAAGGGGAGGUGAAGCACUGUGUCAUCUACAGUACACCACGUGGCUUUGGCUUUGCUGAGCCAUACAACCUCUACAGCAGCCUGAAGGACCUGGUGCUCCACUACCACCAGACUUCCCUGGUGCAGCACAAUGACUCACUCAAUGUGCGCCUUGCCUACCCUGUCUACGCACAGAUGCCCUCUGGACGAAGAUGAACCCCAACCAACGAUGCUAAACAGCUACCCCCAGAAGGACAACACAUUUUACAGUCUUCAGGAUAAAGGAGAAAAGGGAGUGUUAUGAAGCUUAAUGGGUGGUGGUGGUGGUAUUGGUUGAAUUACAAAACAACCCGGUAUCCAGACCUGAUGAACAUCGAUACAAUUUUAACAUUUGCUGCAACACACACAUCAGCCACCUUGGAGUUAUAUAUUUUUACAAGAACAAUUUUGGAGGGCAUUCUUUCUAAAGACUGCUUGAUUUGCACAAGGAAGUUUUAAAUGUUUGUGAAUGUGAAAACAAAAGUGACCGAAGGAAGGAAAUGGAGUAGGAGACGUCAGAGUUUCAGGUUGAUCCCGCUGCUACCUAAACUCCAGCUCAGACUUUAUACCAGAAACUCUAAAGUACAAGAAUGACAACAAAACAUUCCCAUCAGAGUUUUUCUUUGUUCCCAUCAUUUUUUCCUCCCUUUUCUUUUCAUCAGAUGGUGUAACUUUGAAAUAUAUUUUUGGAGAUUUUUUUUUUAAAGAGGUUUCCUUUUUGUUUUCACUUACUUUGAAAUGAUGUCAAGUGUCUGUUCUCUGUCCCUCUCCAUACAAAAAGAUAAAACGAUGUAGCAUAAAAGACAAAGCACUAGGUGUUAUAGAGAGCGUAGACUGCUGCUGCUGAGGGAUCUGGGGGGAGGGGGGUGCACAAGUGACACAGAAGUUUUUUGUUUUGUUUUGUUUUUUGUCUCAAAGACUGAAGCCUUGCUUGUAUAAACUAAUUAUUUUGUUUUUAUUAUUGUUUUUUUUUUUUAACAUUGCUUUUUAUUAUAGUCCUGUGAAAAAGUAUUUGUACCACCCUUUUUUUUUGGGUGGCAGGGGGGAACGACAUGUCACACUUAAAUGUUUCAGAUUAUCAAACAAAUAUUACUAAAUAUCCAAGUAAGUGCAAAAUGAAGUUCAUUUAUUAAAGGAAAAAAAACAAUUAUAACCUACACGUCUCUAUGUAAAAAAGAAAAGGAACUGCCCUCCACCCUUGAUAAUUCAUGAGUUUACUGCCAGAUAUGGAAGUUGUGAAUUAAAGUAUAUUAGAAAAAAUAAAAGCAAGACAUCAUGCUACGAUCUAAAGGAACUUGAACAGAUGAAAAGCAAAGUCAUUGACGUCUGUCUGUCUGGAAAGGGCUACAAAGACAUUUCUAAGGGAAUCCAGCGAACCAUGAUGAAAGGUUGGAAUAGUGACCCUUCUCAUGAGUAGCCAUCCUGCCAAAAUUACUCUAAGAGCACAUCAACGACUUAUUCAGGGGUUCAUAAAAGAACUGCAUGUAAAGAACUACAGACGUCACUUGCCUCAGUUCAGGUCAGCAUGCAUGAUUCACCAAUAAGACAGGGAAAAAAAUGGCAUGUAUGGGCAUGAUCCAGGCCAGGAAGGUUUGGAUAGCUGCUUUUUGUCCUUAAAAAUUGAAAUAUUUUAGAACCUGCAUUUUGUAUUUCCUCAGGCUGUCCUUAUCUAAGAUUAAAACUAGAGGCUCUGAAACAUGAAAGCGUGACAAAUGUGUUUUUGGAAAAAGAAAAAAAAAUCAGGAAUGGGAAGAAUACUUUUUCACACCACAGUAUGUGUAAAUGGUAACAAAUCACAACCAGAGACCAAAGUUGGUGUGAAGAGGGAGGAUAAAGCAUCUGUUGGGUUUUUCUUUCUUUAUUUAAUUUUCCCAUCUUUGGUGAAUGCAAAUGGGUGAAGAUAAGCAAUGAUGUGUUUAAGGCCACACAUAAAAAUGAGUUUCAGGCCGUGCGCUUUAGCAACAAAUAGAUUUUUUUAUUUUAUUUUAUAAACCAAAGGGUACAUGAACCCCACAACCUUCAAAGCACUUAAACAAGCUCCAUUUGUAGUCUCAGCGCUAACAACGUUUUGGCUGUGUACGCCAAAGUGGAUGAGUCAAAGGAGGUGUAAUUAGCAGCUAAAGCUACAUGGCAUCUUUUGGCUAAUUUCAAAACCCCCAAAAUUUCUUUCUCCUCCUGAGACAAACUGAUAGCUGAAAUUAAUGGAAACAUUUUUGCUUAGUUUCCUCCAAGCUCUUUCUUUUUUUUUUUUCAUGCAUCAGUAUAAAGGUUAACCGAAAUCAUCCGGCCUAGCUGCUUACAAACUGUGAUAAUGGUGACACUAAAUCCACAGCACAUUAGUGUGAAUUUACCCUAUGCAAAAAUGAUUUCAUUUGCAUUACCUGUCAUAAAUUUGUGCCAAUUUGCUUCUUUGAUUUUAUCUUUCUAUAUAAUUGGGACGUGAAAAUUUCACUUUGAAUUUGGUCUGAAGAAAGCAUAAGGCACAUUAAGGUAAACUGGUAAAGGGUUCCUUUCCCAGCCUUUGAAAGGCUAAGCUUGGUGAAAAAUGUUGCCAUAAAAGCCGAAACCCAUUUUAUGUGUGGUUUAAACAAAGAAAAGAGCUAAUGCAAUGUGACUGCAGGCUGAAAAACUGGGGUGUUUUUGUUUGAACGCCUUCAGAAAAAAUAAGCUUUUACUAAAUGUUUAUGUAUAAGGAGCACAGGCACACAAAGUCCAUGUCCUGAGCUGAAGAUACAGGCUUUAGAAGAAAAUCUGAAAACUUGAAAGAACGUGCAAUCUAGCUUUGUGUUUAAUGUAGUUCAGCAGUUAGUGUGAGAUGCACUAAAGUUGGAGAUAAUCACAGUUAAGCUGUUGGAGUGAAAUUCCCUUUCUGUCUGAUUGCUGAUAGUGUUUGGCUUUUAUUUGAACCCAAAACGACAUGCUCUCUGCGUGACUUUCUAACCAGUGGAUCCAUUUUCUGUCAACGACUUGAUAAAAAGAAAAAUAUCUUCAAACACUGAGGAGAGCUACAAUACACGACCAAGUUAGAUUCUAUUCCCCCCAGAAAAUGAAAACACACUACAGUAAAGUAUCUUCUCAUAGUGAUCAAGUUGACUUAUCGCUGCCUGACUGAUAAUAUGGAGCUUUUAAAAAGUCGUAAUGAAAUCAAAGGUUAAGAGAAUGCUUAAGAAAAAGCAGAGAUGUGAUUCUCAACUCACUCUAAUCCUCUUCUUAAAACUAAUCACACUGGUUAGGCAUUAGCCUUUUUUUUUAAAACUGGAAAGAGCAUCUAAUAAAAAAAAGGAAAAAAAAGACUGGUUGCAAAGUUAGACAAAGCACCCCUCUCUCUUAUUGUCAUCUUUAAGAUUUUCCCAGUUUUGAUAAGCUUGGCCACAAACACACAGAGAGAAAGUGUCCAGUUUUAGAAAGAGUGCUAUUGUUUGGAAAGUGCAAAGGAAUUAUUGUGAAGAAAUCAUAAAGCCUUGUUUGUGCCCACUGUGUGUUUAUCUCCAGUCAUCUCUAUGUCUUCUACAACCUAUUGGAGUCUGCUCACUGUUAUCUACCAUAACCCUCCCUCCAUUACAGCCCACUGGUCUGCUGACAAUAGGUAGAUGAACUGGGAGAAGUGAGGUUUGUGGAGCUGAAAGCCAUGGGUAGUGAAAGUUUCUCUUUCUUCUUUUUAAACUACAGGAUGAAUCGGUUGAAAAUUUUAAGUGUGGCAGUAUUAAAUCUAAAUAGACCUGUUCUAAGGCUUAUCAAGAAGGUGUAAACCUGCUUCAGUAAAUCUCUUAAGACUGCAAGUCUGUUUAGUUUCCACACAAAUUCACAAGUAGUCAUAAUAAAAUAAGAUGGAAGUGUAUAUAGAACUCACUUCUCUAGACCUCUAGAAGUGUAGCUCAAAAGUUACACAAAAACUGGCUCAACUGCUAAAUUGUAUGUCAUGUCUGACAGACCACUUCAAAAAAUUGGUGCCAAAUUUACUUGAUCUGUCAGCCCAAGUUUUCCAGUUCAGCUAAGAAUAGCAGCCAUAAGUAGAAACCCAACGUAACUUUUGCAGCAUGAAGAAUUUGGGGAGAUUAGCUGUGUCCUGUUUCAGGGGCUUCUUGUAAUAUACAAGUUUUAAGACACUGCUGCAGUGGGAAGGAGUUUCUCAGGCUUAUAUGUGCGUUCUUUGGAUUGUUGGGCUUCCAGUUCUAUUGCAAACUAUGUAUUUUGCAGUUUUGCAACUGUAUAAAUUUAAUGAGAUUUUAGAUUUUUUUUUUUUUUUUUUUUUUUUUUUUUGCAUCUUAUUGUUUUUGUUUGGUAUCAAUGAUUUUGUUUACUGUCCGUAAGUAUACACAAGCUAAUUUUCUAAUCUUAUUAUGGCCAUAUUGUGAGAAUUUACAAUUACACUGUGGUGAAUCAUCUGCAAAUGCUUUUUUGCAGAGGUGCAGGUUUAGCCUUCCCUUUUUCAAAUCAGCCUCUGAACUGGACACGGCCUCAGAGCUUUGCUUUCUUGGAUUAAGUCACAGGUUAUCUUUGCUUUUUACAUGGGGUUUGUCAGUAUAAUCUUGAAUGUACAGCGAGGUUGGUCCAGUGUGUUUUUGUUUGUUUUCUUAAUCCGAAGCACCUCAGUCACAUUUAUCUAAAAUCAACACAUACUAUUGCUAACCCUCAAGGUGCUAUCAGGAAUGCAGGCCCAUUUGAUUCGGACGACUUUUUCGAUCAUAGUUUCUGGUCAUUAACCCUCAGGUCUUUUUUCCAAGUUUACCGUAGAAGCUACCACACAACAAAGCCAGCGUUUUGAGGGGAAAAAAUCAGGUUAAAUCAGGGUUUUUGUGCAUGGAUACUUCAGUCACUCAUCAAUUAAUGUAGGCCCAUGACAUUGACUUUUUAAAAUGUCCUACCUUUAACAGUCUUGUACAUCAUCGGUUCCCAUAAUUAGAUGCAGCAUCAUCACCAAAUGGAUGUCAUGGUCUUUCUUUCCCCUCAGUCAACAUACAGUCUAGGUUUUUGUUUGUUUAGUUUUUUUCCCUGUUACCAGACUUUUGUGUUUUGCAUAGGGAACUCAAACAUCCCUAAGUCUAUUACUUGAACUGUAUUGCAUUGCUCACUGUUGAAUGUCUUUAUAUAAAAUGAUACAUUUAUUAAAGAAAAAAUUUAAAAAGCAAAUAGUUCCCUUUUGUUUUCUGGUGAGCAGGGAUGAGGUUUGUAGUGUAUGUACAGUAUUUGUUACAGGCAAAUGUAGAGCUACUUUGGGAGGGAAGAAGGUGCCAUUUGAAACUUUUCUCAGAUGUGUUUCGAUUGUCACAUAGGGCUUGACUGAAAUUGCACACAUUUACUGGUGAUGUCUGCGUAUGCAUCCAGAGUCACAUUUACAGAGAUGUCAUAUAUAUGAUAUAUCUUUAUAUGUAUAUAGAGCUUAAAGGAGUAACAGUUUGAAGGGUUGUUUUAGUCGCCGUUUGACCAUUCCCCCCCCCCAAAACACAUUAACGCCAAAGAUUUAAGUUCUUGAUGUUUGUUGAUGAUUGGAAAAUGAAUGUUUCAGUAAUAGAAACAAUUUUUUACGUCCAUUGAAAUGAUGGUAUCACGACUCACAAAAUAAAAUCAUAGUGUGAAUGACCAUCCCAUACUGCUUGGUAAGAUUGUUGGAUUGUCCAUCAGUUCAGUUCUUGUGAGUUGAAACGUGUCUUUUUGUUUGUUUGUUUGUUUUUGUGACAUAUCAGGAAAGAUCCAUCUUUACUCCGUGUUCAUUGAUCUUCCGAUUGUAAAUGAAUCAAAAUUAUUGUAAUCUGUGUUUGCCAGUUUAUGAAGUUCAGUCUUGUUUGAAGUUUUUCUUUAUUUGGAAAGUGUCCUGCAGAAAUCCAGAACAAAUGUUCCUAAUGGAAUGUCAGAUUCAGACACAAGAAAUUGAUCCCAAAAAGACAGAACUCAUGAAAUUUACUUUUUAGCACUACAAGCAUUUGACUUACCUUAAGAGUGGGAUGUCUUGUCUCGCUAUAACCCCUCCCCCGGCCACCACCCAGAUGUUUUUUUUUUUAAACAUCACAAAUAAUUAAAUUAUUUCUGCAGGAUUGUUCUCACUUUUUGUAUCACUAAACAAUUACAUGCAAUAUUCCCUUUUUUGUCAGUCAGGGGUUCAAGAUGGAGGAAAAUGUAUUUGUGCAGUUACAGACCCAAAAUACAGGCCUUUCUGUACACCUGGGGUUACAGUGACAUCAGUUAUGAGGGUUAAUGGGACAAACCAAAAUAUUGUCAAGUUUACUUUUAAUGACUGUUUGGUUGAGUUUACUUCAGAAAACUCAGCAUCAACUUAUACAACUCCAGGGAACAGAUUUUAGGUUCACCUCUCAGAAAAUUAAGGUACAUUUUGAUUCUAACAAAGGUGCAGGCUCAAUAACAAAAAGGAACAAUAACUCCACUGUUACCUUUUUUCUGAGUGUUUAUACUCACUAUCAUUGCAGGACUGUUAAAAUAGCAACUGUCUGUUAUUCCUCUACUACUAUUAUUAAUACCACUAGUACUGCUACUACUCAUCCUUAAGCAGGUCUGCAAAGUUUUAUUUGCAGCCAGGUUUUAAUAUGUUUUGUUCUUACAGAGGAGUUGUGUUGUGUUCUGACGAAUGCUUAUCUGAUCACAGUGCCCAGCACAGCUUUGGGGAGUAUCAGUUUGUUUAAAAAGAAAAAAAAACUUGAAAAAAAACUUUUAAAAAAAUAAUUUUUAAAAAAAAAGGUUAUACAACAUCCCCUCCUCCCUUUUACCCGUUUUUGGCAUACGUACAGAUCCAGCAUGCAUAUUUGGUACUAUUGACUGUUUUCUCUUGUGUAUAAAAGAAAAAUGGUUUAAAAAGAUGUCUUUAAAAUCAAAUGUUAUUUGUCUGUUUAUGGUGUAUUGAGAUCUGAAUUUAAUAUAGCAAAUUUAACAUCACUGCUUACAGCUGUAACAAGUUAUAGUCCUUUUGUGUUGGUUGUUUAAUGGUAUAACAAAACUGAGAAAGAGAACCAAAAAUGUAUGCCAACCAUUGGUACAUCACAUGAAUAAAUAAUAAGCUUUGAGUAUUUUCAGUCCAAAUUACGGCAUUAACUAUAGCCCAGUGUUCUUUUACAAUAAAUGAUCAAAGAUUUAAAACAUCCAGUAUGUGUCAUUCAUAAGAAUUUUGCACAAUAAACAAUAAAAGAAAAAAUGACAAAGUGCUGAUUUACAUAACAACAGAGAACAACAAAAAACUUGUACCUUGACUGAAUGAAAUCUCUCCCAUUCAGUUUUUUCGGUUGACUCAAGCUGGUCUCUUUCUCAGCGUUACCCUCAGCCAUACCUGCUUUUGGCUUCUCUUGGUAUUCUCUUUGAAAUGGUUUUUGGUCCUUCACCAUUACACUACUUUCUUGUGUCCGUUGGAAGAGUUUGACUGUUUAUGAGCCAUUUGUUUUAUGAGCAAAACCCACGUAUGAUUAUCAGUGGAGUUACAACAUAUUUGAUUCUCUUGCAGA